GUCCAGUCCUUGAAGGCAGCACUAUUGUUGGAUCUCUGUGAACUGUGGACGUAGCCUGCACAGACAGUCCUUCGCUCGUAGUAGAUGCUUGUCUCGUUGUAGUUUGUUUACCUCCGCUUGUUUUACUCUUGCCAGCUCAAUAAUGGAAGGAAAUGUUUGCAGCAUCCAGGUUCUCCUUUGGGCGGCCGAGUUCGUGGAGAGGAAAGGCCGAGAGGCUGAACAUGGAUAUGCUUCACCCCCGCCUCUCAGCCCCGGUAACUCGGAUAAAAGAAGCAAACAGAAGAACAAGAAGAUUUCUGCUGCUGGCGGUAAAAGGACAGUUCACAAUGAGCUGGAGAAAAACAGACGAGCUCAGCUGAGGCAAUGCUUGGAGCAGCUGAAGAAGCAGGUUCCUCACUCUACCGACUCCAUGAGGAACACCACCCUGAACCUGCUGAGACAAGCUCAGCUUCACAUAAAGAAGCUGCAGAAACAGGACGAGCGUGCCGAGCAGCUGAAGGACCGCCUUCGCUGGGAGCAGAGGGAGCUGCGGGUUCGGCUGGAGCAGCUCCAGAGGGGAACGGAGAGGAUGAGGAACAACAGCCAGGGGUCCACCAUGUCCUCUGAGAGGUCGGACUCAGACAGAGAAGACGUGGAGGUGGAUGUGGAAAGCAUCGUGUUUGACUGCGUGGACUCUGACGGGCUGAGUAUUGCACACAUGGACGCAGACCACAGUUACUCCAGCUUGGACAGGUCCUGGCUAUGACCACCAUGACACAGGGUUUAACCAGAGGGAGGGUAGGAAGAAAACAUUCCAAAAACAAGACAACAGAGGAUGAGGCAAGACGUGGAUACUGUACACAACCGAACACUUUUGUUUUUACAGGACAGCUUUCUUUUAGGGGGUGGGAGGGAUAUCUUCUUUCAAAAUAAGUUCAGGCUAAUAAUGUACUCAAUUGCACUGGGAUGGAUGUUACAGCAUGAAUAAGCAUUCCUCUGAUAAAGCAAUUAUGUGUUUUUGUUCCCAAAAGCCAUGAGGUGUUAACCUUUCUGUCAUUUAGGAAUCCAGUUUUUCUCUAAAUAAGGGCUUUAAUACAAAUUUCCUUCAUGUCUGUGCUGAAUUCUGCCUUAAACCAGAUUCAAACUAACGUUCUACGCUGCUUCUCCUUAGCACCAAGUCUAUAUUGCAGCAAUGUCACAUUUAUCAUGCACUUAAAACAUUAUUUCUGUUUUGUUUUCCUUUUUUUUUUGUUCUCCUACGUAAGUUCCCUUCAUGUAUUUAUAGCUCUUUUUCUUCUGUUGCACAUAACGUCCACCCGUUGCACUUGUUUUGUCAGAAGGACGUGGGGUAGGGCAAGAGAUGGGGGGAAAAAAAAAUCAACAACCAGGAAAUGGGGGAAGGAAGAAAAAAAUCCUCAGUCACAUUUGCACAUUGAGGUUUCAUAUCAGCACACAUUUACAUCUCUAUUUAAAAUAAAGACUUUUGACGCAUUAUGUGAUCGGUCGGAUCUCGAGAGCGUUCAAGUCGGGGAGGAGCGUUGGCCAUCUUGAGUAUUCAGUUGGGCAUUUGAAAAUCAGUCAAAGCAGGUGACAUCUACUUGCAAUAAUUAUGCAAUUAAUGCUGAUUACAAGUAUUUAACAUGGAUUUAAUAACUGAAGUUGCUUUCUUCUUCACUUUUUGUAUAUGCAAGAUGCCUUAUUACUUUUAGUUCGUCUUUCCACCCAGUAAUAUUAUGUAGCAUUUUUUUUUGUACCAUUGUAAGCUUUCUUUCUUUUUUUUUAA